CCCUUCCGUUUAACCCUUCCGUACCCUCUUUCCAAACCAACCCAUUUCUUCCUUUAACCCCAAAACCCAUUUUCCCCAAUCUUCAACCACCGUAACCCCACUCCGGUGCCACCUCACCGCCGCUUCCCCUGCACCCUCCAAAGCUGCAAACUUUGGGUCCCAAACGAGAAAACCUGGUAUCACUUUUCAGCUCUCGUCGCCCCAAAUGCCGGCCACGGCCUUGAGAGGUGCCGAGAGCGAUGUGAUGGGUAUGUUGUUGAGAGAGAGGAUCGUAUUCUUGGGCAGCAGCAUCGAUGACUUCGUUGCUGAGGCCGUUAUGAGUCAGUUGUUGCUGUUGGAUGCUCAGGACCCAACCAAAGAUAUCAGGCUCUUCAUCAAUUCCCCUGGUGGUUCUCUCAGCGUCCGGCUGCAGUUUGAUAGAGGCAUUGUGGAAGGGAGUGCUUGGAGGCAUAAUUGCAAUGUUGCUAAUUUAGUAUUUGAAGAUAGACCCCCCCUCUCUUUCCUUUUUCUUUUCUUGUCUACUGUUUUGCAUUAAUAGUUUAGGGACUU